GUAGUGAGGUGUUUCUUAAAGCAGAUACAUGAGAGGUCUUUGCUCACAGGAUUUGGCAAACACCUUUUUGUAAAUGUGAAUCAAUGGUCCGUGCUGCUCCUGCAAACACCUACUCCCUCAUUCUGCCGCCUGGAAUAUGCCUUUUACCUGUGCAGUCAAACAGUACUGAGCAUAUGGAAAGGAUCCUUUUAUUUCUGUCCAUUGUGGGGACAUUUUGGGUUCCUCCCCACCAUCACCACCACACCCCGGCCUUUUUUGUUUUGUUCUUUCUUCUUUUAAAAGUCCGAGAGACUUUUCAUUAUUGCUUGUCUGGAGAUUUUGAGAGGGACGUCCCAGCUUACAUCCUGUGAGCAGCUGGAUGAAUGCAGAGCUGCACAAAGGAGUGCAUCUCUUUCAGAUUUCCAUAGUCUCAUAGAAUGACUCUCAUAGAAUCUUAUUUUUAUUUAUAUUAUCAAGCAAUUGGAAUAAAUGGAGCUGAUCAAAGAAUAAAUGACAUAGAGAGCAGGGGCCAUAAAGCUCUGAUCAAAUACUGUGUAUAACAAAGACUGUUCAAGGAUGGGAAUCAUAAAUCUGAACUACUUAAGUGGAAGUUGCAUAAUGAUAGAUUGGCGAUUCCCCACCUGAGAUAGGAAAGCCAUUUCAUACUGUUUUACAGUUGCUUGUGCUGCCCUUUGCAAAUUAAGAGACUUCACAUUUGAUCUAAAAAUGUUCAACUCUGCAGACAUGGUCUUUCCACUGGAAAAUUUAUUUUAUGAAAGACCAGAUAUAAGACAAAGGUAUCGAGAAAAUGAAGAGCCUAAGACUUGGUUUAUUGCACCUGCUCCAGCUAUUGCUGAAAUUCCAGCUGCAGAGGAGUUACAGAGGGAACUGGAAAAAAAGUCAGCCAACACUCAUAUGGGAGGGAGAAAGGACCAGAUGUUUAUACAACAAUGUAACAGUAACACUGAAAAAGAAGACAAAUCAUCAGCACCUGUUCCUUUUGGUAUAGCCUCUGAAAAAGAAGUGCUACAAUUAAGUCUAGGAGAAAGAGAGAAAAUUAGUUUUCAGCGUGAAAGUCUGAAAAUAGUUUCAUCAUUUCUCUCCUCUGAUGAAGAUAAAUCUAAAAGAGGAAUAGAGUUUUCUCAGCAACCUGGUGCAAAUUUUUCACAAAAUGAAGUGUUAAGUAAUUUUCUGGAAAACAGUGAUGAUGAUGAUGAGAGUGUCCAUUCAGUGUUAAGAAAAAGCUUAUUUAAAAAGUCUGGUUAUACAUACAAAAAUGCAGAAUUUAAAGCUGGUUCUGUUGAUGUGAAAGAAAUUGAUGCUUGCUUAAAUACAAAUGAAAACGUGAAAGAAGUGAGAAAAGAAAGUUUAUGGAAAAAUAAUCAUCAUGCUCCAAUAACUAAAGACUCAGAUUUUACUUUGCAUAGGGUAAAUAAUGAGGACACUGUGUCUGAAAAUGGAAUUAAAUUUCAAUCAUUUUCUAAUGCUUCAGAGAUUCUGGAUAUGACAGGAACUACAGAAAGAAAAUUGGACAUUUUGAGGGCUGUUACAGAAAUACCAACCCAAUUUAGAAGUAUUUUUAAGGAGUUCCCAUAUUUUAACUAUGCACAGUCUAAAGCUUUGGAUGAUCUUUUAUAUACAGAUAAGAACUUUGUGAUUUGUGCUCCGACUGGCUCUGGAAAAACUGUAAUGUUCGAGCUAGCUAUUACCAGAUUACUCAUGGAAGCCCCACUGCCUUGGUUAAAUAUUAAAGUUGUUUACAUGGCUCCAAUAAAAGCUUUAUGCAGUCAGCGUUUUGAGGAUUGGAAAGAAAAAUUUGGACCUAUUGGACUCACCUGCAAGGAGCUGACAGGAGAUACACUGAUGGAUGAUUUAUUUGAAAUACAUCAUGCUGAUAUUAUUAUCACUACACCGGAAAAAUGGGAUAGCAUGACUAGAAGAUGGAGAGACAAUUCUAUAGUCCAGCUUGUACGACUGUUUCUCAUUGAUGAGGUUCACGUUAUAAAAGAUGAAAGCCGCGGCGCAACAUUAGAAGUUGUGGUCAGUCGGAUGAAGACUAUUCAGUCUUCUCUUUGGCAUCUGUUAGAGAAGCAUGACACUAUUCCUCCCUUGAGAUUUGUAGCUGUUUCUGCAACAAUACCAAACACUGAAGAUAUUGCAGAAUGGCUUUCAGACAGCAAGAUGCCUGCUGUAUGUCUGAAAAUAGAUGAGGAUCAACGACCAGUGAAGCUACGCAAAAUUGUUCUUGGUUUUCCUUGCAGUGACAAUCAGACAGAAUUCAAAUUUGACUUAACUCUUAACUACAAGAUAGCUAGUAUUAUACAAACAUACUCAGAACAAAAACCAGCACUUGUGUUUUGUGCCACAAGAAAAGGAGUACAGCAGGCUGCUUCUGUUUUUGCAAAAGAUGCUAAAUUUCUACUGAGUAUAGAACAGAAACAAAGAUUACAGAGGUUUGCAAAUUCAUUGAAAGACUCCAAACUGAGAGAUCUUUUAAUGUGUGGUGUGGCUUAUCAUCAUGCGGGUAUGGAGAUCUCUGACAGAAAAGUAAUUGAAGGGGCUUUUACUGCGGGAGACUUGCCAGUACUUUUUACUACCAGCACCUUAGCUAUGGGAGUCAAUCUACCUGCACACCUGGUGGUUAUAAAAUCCACAAUGCACUAUGUUGGAGGAGUGUUUCAAGAGUACAGUGAAACUGAUAUUCUGCAAAUGAUUGGGAGAGCUGGAAGGCCUCAGUUUGACACUACAGCUACAGCAGUUAUUAUGACUCGUUGGAGCACAAGGCAGAGGUAUAUUCAGAUGUUAAAUGGUGCUGAUAUAAUAGAGAGCAGCUUGCACAGGCAUCUUGUUGAGCACUUAAAUGCAGAAAUAGUGCUACACACUGUCACAGAUGUCACUGUAGCUUUGGAGUGGAUACGAUCAACCUUCUUGUACAUUAGAGCCUUAAAAAAUCCAACUCAUUAUGGUUUUUCACCUGGAUUGGAUAAAAUUGGAAUUGAAGCAAAAUUACAAGAACUGUGUCUGAAGAACUUAAAUGAUUUAUCAUCUUUUGAUUUGAUCAGGAUGGAUGAAGCAAAUAAUUUCAAACCAACAGAAACUGGAAGAUUAAUGGCGUGGUAUUAUAUUGCAUUUGAUACAGUGAAGCAAUUUUUCACAAUUAAGGGAACUGAGACUUUAAAUGAAUUGAUUACAAUGAUCUCCAACUGCACAGAAUUUCUGGAUGUCAAGUUAAGAACAAAUGAAAAGAAAAUACUGAACACUUUGAAUAAAGACAAGGACAAAAUAACUAUCAGGUUUCCAAUGGAGGGGAAGAUAAAAACAAGAGAAAUGAAAAUAAACUGUCUCAUUCAGGCUCAGCUGGGAUGUAUUCCAGUUCAAGACUUUACUUUGACACAAGAUACUGGCAGAAUAUUUAGAAAUGGCUUAAGAGUUACUAGAUGGUUAUCUGACUUUCUGGCAUCAUCUAAGAACAACUUUUCUGCUUUAUUAAACUCUUUGAUUUUAGCAAAGUGUUUCAGGUGCAGACUUUGGGAAAAUUCACUUCACGUGUCUAAACAAUUGGAAAAAAUUGGUGUGUCACUGUCAAAUGCUAUGGUAAAUGCUGGGCUGACGUCAUUUAAAAAAAUUGAAGACAUAAACGCAAGGGAACUUGAAUUGAUUUUAAACAGACAUCCUCCUUUUGGAAACCAGAUAAAAGAGUCUGUUUUGCACCUUCCAAAAUAUGAACUUGAUAUUGAACAGCUUCCAAAAUACAGCGAUACAUUGGCCGAAAUCUUAGUAACCGUCAAAUUAACAAACUAUGAGCAGCUACAGACAAAGAGAACAGCGACAGACUUUCACUAUGUUACACUGGUCAUAGGAGAUGCUGACAACCAAGUCAUUUUUAAUCAGAAAAUUAUGGAUUCUGUGCUACUGAAAAAUGGAAAUUGGACAAAGAAAAUUGAAGUGAAAAGAGCUUUUAAAUCAGAAGACAUUAGUAUAAAUUUAAUUAGUUCUGAUUAUGUUGGCUUUGAUAUACAGCGAACAUAUACAGCCUUUUACUUAACACCGAAAACAGAGGGACGUAAGGUGGCUACAAAUCGAAAACUGAAAGCUGAGUCUAGACUUGAUGUAUGUUGUGGCUCACCACAAAGUCUGCCAGCAGCAAAAGUAGAUACAGGAGGCAGAUCUAAACAAGAAAUUCCUUACAAGAAAUAUGGAAACAGAGAAUGCAACCAUCGGUGUAAAAAUAAAGAUGUGUGUGGGCAUGACUGCUGUAAAACUGGAGUACCUCCAAAGUCACAGAUGAAUGGUGACACACAGUUUUCUGCGUACCUAGCUGACUUAAGGAGCAGGAACUCAAUUUCAUCUAUACCCCCAGUAAAGCGGCUAAAGAUGCAGAUGUCAAAUCAAGCUCAAAAUGUGGAUCUCAAACAAUUUGGUUUUACACCCAAAUCUUCAUUGCCAACACUGCCAAGGUCUAGCAAUAAACAGUUGUCUUUAUCACCUUCAGUGGACCAGGCAGAUAAUGUUAAUAGCUUAGGAGUAUCUCAGAAACAGAUGCAACCCUGGAAUUAUGGAAAGAGUAAUGCUUUGGACAUGAACUUUGAAAUGAGAGAUGAUAUUUGGGAUGAUAUUGAUGAUGAUAAAUUAGUAUUUGCUAGUAACUUUGUCAGUAGAGAAUUAGAUGAGUGUGAACCCCUUUGCCAGUAUACAAGAAGCAAAGCCACAAAUACCAUUUCACAAGAUUCAUGCACAGUACAUGAUGAGACCAAUAUUCAGAACUCGGAUGUUUCUGUGGUCAAUAGCACAUCAAAAGGGAAUUUAUCUGUACAGAGUAGAAAUGUAACUUUGUUCAAUGUUCAAGAAAAAAAUCACUCAAAUGCUUCUCAAGAGCUGAAAAACAUACAGUGUUCUCCUGUCUCAAAAAUAAUCUCAGACUCUUCUAAAUUCACUAGGAAAGAGGAUUUUUUUAUUUUCACAAAAGAACAGGAAAAAGAAGCGGAUCCCAGAUAUGUUCUUGAUGAUGAAAUCAGUGAUGUCAAGCCCUUCCUUGGAAUAUUUGAUGGCAUUUUGUAAAACAUAUAAACAAAUUACAUUGUAAGUGCUGGGGAAGAAAAGUUACAGUCAGUUUUACAAAGUGAAGCCUUCAGUUAAGAGAAUUUGAUUUCUAUUGUAUACCUAUUUACCAAUAGCUGGAUUGCUGCAUAGAGUAGAUAAUAAUAAAACUGGUGUCUAUAGAAUUCUAGUAUAAUAUCUUAGUUUGAAAAGUACUUAAAUAUUUGUUUGUUGACCUUGCUGUUUUCAGGAUUAUAAAGAAAAAUAUUGGAAUGUGUCAAAGAAGAGCAGUUCAUAAACUGUUAAUAACAUUAACAGUUUAAUUUAAUAACAUUAAAUUUCUUUAGGAAAAGUAAGGGAUUUGUAGUAAUAUGUUUGUAGUAACGUGCCCUGCUUUACAAGUGCUCUUUAAGUGAAUGAAAGACACUUUCCUUGGAAAUCCAGUGCUUUUUGGGUUUUUCUUUCAGUUUCUCUAAUGCUGAAUUUUUCAUAGCACUGAUUCUGUAAAAUAAUUAGAUUUACAAAUAGAGAUAAUAGAAUGGUAAAUUAUUCUAGAUACUUGAUGUUCCUUUUGACAGUGCUAUGAACUUGUUAAUAAAAAUGUGUAACUUCAAGCAAAUGUGCUUCCAGAAUCUCAGCAAACCAGUUGUUAAAUGUCUGUAAAAUAUUCUAAAGCUCUGUUUGACUGUUCACUUUCACACCUAAGGUCAUAAAAUGAUUUUUAUAAUAAUAAAUAAUAAAAGGAUAUUUAUUGUCCUAAUACAGAUUUAGGCACCAAGCAUUGGAUUUGGAUAUCUUCUUGAAGCUUUAGUGUUUGAACAGUAGUAGGCCCUGCAAGUUCAGUAGUUAGCAGAAUAUAUAAUAUUGCCUGAAAUCCAAGAAAAUAUUAAUUUUUACUGUUAAUUAUUCAAAAUAUGUGGCAUUAAAAGGUUAAAAUUACACAUGGAAUAUUAGCUGUCUGUUCUUGCAACAUUGUUUGUAGUUGCAACCAUAUUUUGCUGCACUACUAGGCUGUAAUUUUAUCAGGCAAUAAACAUUUUACUUGACUCCAGUGUUUCCUUACACUUUGACUUACUGUCUGGUAUAACUUUCUGCACAUGAAAGACUGACCCAGCAUAAGCAGCCUCACUAUUCACCCCUUGAUAUGUUUUUCACUAUGCAAAUUCCAGCAGGCCCAAGCUUACUCCCUUUCCUGCAACUCAAGUAUUUUAUUACAUCUGGAAGUUUUUAGUAUGUCAGAUCUCUUUUUGUCUGAUGGUUUUGUUAAAUUAAGCUUCCAAACUGAUGUAACUCAGAAUUACUACACUAUUGCAGUCCUAGCCAUGUGCAUUUUCCAGUUCUGUGUCAGGGUAAGAUUUAAGAAUGCAGGGUGACAAAUGUCAUUUUAGAUGCCCCAGAGAAUCUUCUCUUGGCUCAAUCUACCAUGCCAGAGGAGCACAGGUCUCCCACAUGGAGAUGUUUCAGGUCCUCCAAGGCAUCUAAACUGGUACUUGAUGCUGACGUUUAAGCACCUGCUGCUUGAAAUGCACAACAUUUUUUUUCAAUUUAUAGUUCAUAUUUACAUAGCAUUCUUUUAUCACCUUUGUAUCCUGCCUUUCCCUGGGGUUUUAGCCUGCAACAGCUAAUUCAGCAGUUCCUCAGUUUCUUCAAGUCUGACACAAGUUUCUACUCAGCAACACAAAGCUGAGCUUCAAAUUUGGAAAACAGGAGAGGAAGGAAACAAUCAAGAUAAUCUUGAUUAUAUAAUUUAUUUCAUUUAUAUAACUUUGUGAUUAUACUACUUGCAACUUUCCAAAAUUUCACUUAUCUGCUGGUUGCUCAGGCCUCACCUGCAAACUGGGAAUGCUUCAGGUGGUAGGUGCUGCAUUUCUUCCUGCUAGUCUGCAUGAAAUUCCCUCUAAAGGUUCUGAACUGUGAGGCAGUGAAUAGCGGAAACUGGUUGUGCUUAGGGCUUCAUAAAAAUGAAUAAGUUUCUAUUUAUUUUUCUGUACUAAGGAAGUAUCUUUUCAAG